CAAAAAUGUCUGCCUAAGGGAAACUCGUAACUGAUAUAUAGAGGAUAUUUCCCCCACUUAUUGCUGGUUUCACCCACAUUUCGCCGUUUUUGAGGCGUGUUGCCAGAAAGCGGUUCUUCACCAGAUCACCCUAGUCGGGAUUUUAAACGGAAAACAGGUUUCUAGAUCGCCAGGAUGAAUCCUCAGCAGCGGAUUGCCGCUCUCGGAACAGACAAGGAAUUAAGUGACCUGCUGGAUUUCAGUGCGAUGUUCUCUCCACCUGUAAGUGGAGCGAAAAAUAGGCCCACGACACUUGGAAGCAGUCAGUUCAGUGCAUCAGGUAUGGAUGAGCGGACCAACCAAGCGUCCUGGGCCCCAGGUGGCGAGUCCAGUCCCUCCUAUGAGUCCUCCCGGGGUUUCGCAGACAGCCCUCAUUACGGCGAUCAUUUGAGUGACAGUCGAUUAGUGUCCCAUGAAGGAUUGUCCCCAACACCUUUUAUGAACUCAAACAUAAUGGGUAAAUCUGAGAGGGGUUCAUUUGUUGGAUAUGGGAGGGACUCCGGAGCUUCUGGCUGCCAGCCUUCCCUAAGGUCAGACGUAAGCUUGGCGAGCCCCAGCUCAGUGACCACAACAGGAAAGCCGGCCGCUCCGUUUUACUCCUUCACCGGGGCCAAUCCCAGAAGACGCCCUCUACAAGAUCCGCCAGCCAUCGAUCCCGUACAAACAAAAAAGGUUCGCAAGGUCCCUCCUGGCCUGCCUUCAUCUGUGUACGCACCGUCUCCAAACUCAGAAGACUUCAACAGAGAUUCCCCGUCGUACUCCUCUCCUAAACCCUCCAGCAGUAUGUUUGCAAGCACUUUCUUUGAUGGUACCCACAGUUCCACUGACCCCUGGAAUUCGUCCAAUGGGAUCAGCCAGGCUGGUUAUGGGGGGAUGCUCGCAGGAUCGUCAUCUCACAUGCCACAGUCAGGAAACUACAGCAGUCUGCACUCUCAUGACCGUUUGAAUUACCCCGCACACUCAGUCUCUCCAGACAUCAACGCCAGUCUUCCUCCCAUGUCCAGCUUCCACCGGAGCACCAACAGCACUUCGCCAUUCGUCACCGCAGCGCACACUCCAUCCGUCAACUCCGCCGACGGGGUCAUGGCUGCUGCAAACCGCGGGAACGCUGCUGGGGGCUCGCAGACUGGAGACGCACUGGGCAAGGCUUUAGCCUCGAUUUAUUCCCCUGACCACACGAGCAGUAGUUUUCCCUCCAAUCCGUCGACACCUGUUGGUUCCCCGUCGCCUCUGACAGCCACAGCAGGUGCUGGCUCAGCAGGCACCGUGGUGACUGCUGCCGGCACCCCGUCUGGAAGGCCAGGCACCAACCAGUGGGCCCGCUCCGGUGGACAGACUCCCUCCUCACCGAAUUAUGAGAACUCCCUUCACUCACUGAAAAACAGAGUUCAUCAGCAGUUACAUGAGCAUCUCCAGGAUGCCAUGUCUUUCUUAAAGGAUGUCUGCGAGUCCCGAAUGGAGGAUCGUCUGGACAGAUUGGAUGACGCCAUCCUCGUCCUGAGGAACCAUGCAGUGGGCUCCACCGCCAGUCUGCCCAGCGACAUCCACAGCCUGCUGGGACAGGCACAGAACGGGCCAAUAGCAGCCAUCGGACCAAACUUUCCCGCCUCUGCAUUGGUUCCCAAUCGGACCGCAGCGAUGCAGGGUGGAGAUGACGCUGCCAGCCUGAACGACAGCCAUGGAGGCCUGCCCAGCGUUGGCUCCACAUCCAGCACUGAGCUCAACCACCAAGUGGAGACAUUCAGAGGUCUCGCUGCGAGCCUGGCUGGUCAGGUGCCUUCCGCCCUGGAGCUGAAGGUGGAGAAACAAGACAAGGACGACAUGCACGACAGCCUGACCGGCGACGACAAGUCGGACGACGAGAGCGACAGGAGAGAUAUGAAGACGCCCAGAGCAGGGCCGCGCACAAGCAGUAUCACUGAAGACGAGGACCUGAAUCCGGAGCAGAAGGCCGAACGGGAGCGCGAGAGGAGGAUGGCCAACAACGCCCGCGAACGCCUGAGGGUGCGAGACAUCAAUGAGGCCUUCAAGGAGCUGGGCCGCAUGUGCCAGCUGCACCUGAAGAGCGAGAAGCCGCAGACGAAGCUGCUCAUCCUGCAUCAGGCUGUGGCCGUCAUCCUGAGCCUGGAGCAGCAAGUCAGAGAGCGAAAUCUGAAUCCCAAAGCAGCCUGCCUUAAGAGGAGGGAGGAGGAGAAAGUGUCCGGCGGCUCCAGCGAUGCUCAGCAAGGCCACACAGGAGUCCACCCCGGCCUGACCGACACAUCCAACCCCAUGGGCCACCUCUGAGCAGGACACUGAGAAGAUCGAAGCGAUGCAGAUCAUUUCUGUCCCGUCUGAGUCGGUGACCUUGCUUCCCAGUGACAGACAGGACUCACAGUUUGUGACACCAAUUGGAGGAGACAGACCACUUGAAGCGAAACCACGAGUCUAACACAAUCCAAUCCUGAGAUUGAAGAAGAGCCAGACGUCCAGCUCCCUACAACCAGUUUCCAUCUGCAAAUUUCUCCCCGCCACAAAAAUCUUGAGCACAUAUCACCGUCUGCAAGAAGUGUGUUGCUUCUGAACAAUCAGAGACUUUGCAAUCUCCUCCAACCGUAUGUGGAAAUUGCCUUGUGCCUAAACUGAAUUGACGAAUGCAUUGUAACAGCAAUUGUUUUUGUUUGUCUGUUUCUUUUUAUUUUUUUUCUCCUAUUUAUUAUGUUAUUGAGCUAUAAAUUGUACGUCUAAAGGGAAAGUUAUGUAAGUUCAAAGAGAAACAUGUAGCUUUUCAGUCCAUCUAUAGUUUGCCAGUGUCACCAGUGAAAAGAGCAGUGUGCAGGAUUCAGUGGCGACGCUGACCUGCAGAGGCCACAACACUGCAUGAACACAGCAGCACAGCCAGGCUGGAAGACGUCCUGAAGGUCUCUUUUCAAGCUAACAGAGACGCAGCUGAUCUCAGUUUGAGCUGACCGUGCACGAAGGAACCGUUAAUCAUGAGCAUCGUGUUGCAUUCCUGCUCAUAGACCCUCCAUAAUUCUACACACUGCACCUUUGAGCACUCCACCCUGGUGAGUCCGAGACGACUGGAAAUGAUCUGGGCGCUGAGAAGAUUGAGAUUAAUUUAUUGGCCAGUUUAGAGUGAUAUUUAUACCCAACUGAAAAUUACCAUUAGCUGUUAGAAGUGGAAAACUAAAAACCGCCCCUUCUUUUGUUUUGUUUUUGUUUUUUUUAAAGAAAAAGAGGAUAAAUUAUUUAUAUUUAUAUUUUAUUCAUUUUGCCUCUGGCCACAUGUGUAACCAAAAAAAAGAAAAGAAAACUACCUAUGUUUGUUUGUGUGUAGUUUCGACCUGUUUCCGUGCGUCUUGGCACCGUCAGCUGCGCCGUCUCUGAGAGGUGAAGGACGAUUGGCAAACUGUAGCUUCACUGAAAGCUCAGGUUCAGCUGGAUUUGUUUUUUUUUGUUUUUUUUUAGAGAGCAGUGAGAACACAGAGAGCAAACUAUGUGCAAACCUUAGCAUUCCCUGCAUAUUGUUAGUGUCUUAAACUGAAGGGAGAGGGGACCCGGCUGCCCCUCGCUUCCUUUGCCAUAUAGUGUUAAACGGAAGACAUAUUUCUGCAGAUCGUAUCGACGUCUCGCCCCCUGACAGUUACACCCUGUCGUCGCCAGAAGUGGCUUGUUUUUGUGGUUUUUUUUUUUUUUUUUUUUUUCCUUUGGGUUAUAUUUUUCUUCAUCCAGCUAAUCAGAGAUCGUUUAAUGAAAAUGUAGUUUAAACAAAACAAAACGGAAAAAAAAAACAACAAAAAAACAAAAAAAACAAACGACGACCACAGUUUCUUCUGGCCUGAUGAACAUAUCAGUUUUCUUUCUGUUAAUAUCAUUGACUUUAAAGCGCAGUUAACUCAGUAAAGGUUAGUAAAGCUUAUUUGUGUUGUAACAAAUCCUUCCUUUAGACCUUCAGCAUUAUGAAGUCCAGGCUAUUCUUCAGUGAUGUCUCGAUCGAAGCCGUGAUAAACGCAUUACAGCGCCGCCAGACGUGGAAAUACUCCUUGAACUACAUUGAAUAUCGUUGAACUGUAGCACGGCAAUGAACAAAAGCGGUUUAAAGGAUUCUUAUUUGAUGUUUCAAGACAUCGAUCAUGGCUUUAUUUCAUUCUUUUUUUUUUUUUACGUCCCUGUCAGCGUGCAUGCUUUAUGUUUCUCCUCUGAUGAAGUCUUGGGUCUUUAAGACUUGCUUUAUAUUCCAUUUAUUUCUUUGUAUAUUGUGUUUCUGUCAUUCAUAAUCUCCACCUUCAACAAAGCUGCCGAGUAUUCAGUUCAAUAAAGGGGCUUCAAUUAAAGUGAAGGAUGCCGCCGCAAGAGUUUACAUUAUAGAUAUUUGGCAACUUUAUUUAGUGAGGAAAAGACAGAGUGACUGAAUGUGGCCUUGUUCUUCAAUUCAGUAUUCAUGACCUUGUAUUCUUGUCGGCAGACUUUGAUUGAAGGUAUAAUUUACUUCACUUCCAGCUCGCUUACCUUUGUUUUGUUUUUCUUUUGUUUGUUUGUUUGUUUGCUAAAUUUCCGGUUCUUCCUUGAUUUUCUUUGCUCCUCUGUUUGCCAAGUUAGACCUUGCUGUAUUCCCAGAUGCUUUCCCUUGUAUAAUAUAUG